AUGUCGCGAAUCAAGCAACGCACAACCAUGACUCCAGACCACAUCACAGCAUCCACCAACAGGAACCAGGAAGUCAAUCUCCCGAGAGUGGACAGCAAAAUGGACCUCUCAGAACACAACAACGCCAGCCAAGAGUCAUCACCUCCCUCUCCAGAGAUGGACUCUCCAGCAAUCACACCACUCACUAUCUCCUUCGAUACACUCAUCUCCGCACGUCCCAACUCAACAUCACAAAAUCCCAUUCAUCUACAUCCACACCGCCAAUUCCGCUCAUCAUUCGCCGCAUUCUCGGAACGCAGGUUGAGAGAGCUCAAGAAUGAUGAGAUUGUACAGACCUUAAGUGAAGAUGAGCAAAAGGAGAAGAUCCGACAAGAAUUUGAAACCAGCGACAACAAUCCAGUCAUUCUCCUCCCAGGGGCAAAAGAAAGACUCACAGAUCUCCAAAGUGAAAGAAUCCCGUAUGAGAUAAGUACGAACUAUCAAUACGAUCCAGAGGAACUGGAUGAUGCCGUUACCGAUCUCCGGAAUAUGCUUGGUGUGCAGGGUUUUGAGAAGAGGCAGCUUGUUCAGUGCCCUACGCCGUUUAGGAAGCAUGUGUUGAAGUGUAGACGGAGGGCUGUUCUUGUUAUUGGCGUCCCAUCAAGACCUAGGUCUGAAACGAGUAGAGACUCGGGCUCACAUAUGACGGAUAAGAAUGAUGGUGCUGGGAAAGAUGAGAAUGAUGAUGAGAGGGAGAAAGCUCGAGAGUUCGCACAUUCUCUAGGUUUCGAAGACGUCUACACACCAGACGAUUACUACGCCGUAUAUCCCAAUCUCGCACCAGCUGGAUGCAAGCCUCGACGCCGAAUGUCAGCGGAAGCGAAAAAGCUAUAUGACGGCCGAAAUCAAAAAGGUCCUUGUGUUGAGAUUAAGGCUAUUCUAAUCGUCAACCCUAAUUCCAAAGGUCUCAGCAAUAGCCCGAGCGAAAACAACGACGAUAGCAAUGCAGAGUGUAAGGGAACAGGACAGGGAUUGAAUACAAUCCUACCCACUAAACUCAUCAUACCUAUACUGAAGUCCCAUACUGGUGACUUGAGAAUCGAGUCGCCUUUCAAUGGGAAAAGGGGGCUGCCGAAUGAAGGGUGGCAACAAGUUUGGGCACCGAAAGUGUGGUUUGAUGGUGUCGGCUUGGGGAAGGAGAGGUAUGAGGGUUUUAAGGGGGAGUUGGAGAGGGAAUGGUGGGGGGAAACGGGGAGGAGGGGGUGUAGAGGGCUGGUUGUCCUUUCUUAAAGAAGUGGAGGAGAAUGAUAAAUUGUCUACUGGGGGGAAUACUAGGUGGAGGGUCUGAAGGGUGACUGGCGUAUCUGUUGUGACUAGGGAGAGAGAAGGAUUGGAAUAGCAUGGGUGGAGUGGAGUAAAGUGGAGGAUAAUUAGCAUGGCAAUUGUGACAGCGAUCAUAUAUCUAUAGGCGGUUGGAAACCAC